AGAUGCUGGCUGCAUUUGGAUUAGAAGAAUAAAGAGAAGUUUAAUUUACGAGAGCUGUAAGGAAGCUUUUACAACACUUUGAAAUUAAAUGGAUUGAUUUAUUUUGCCUCUGAUAUGUGAGGUCUAUAUUUUGUGUCGCUAUUUGCCAUCUGCUGCUGAUGGACUUCAUCUGACUUCAUCACAGCAAGCACAACAGAUAGGUCGUCAUCGCUAAUAAAACAUAAACAAGUGUGAUGCUGAAAUGAGAUGAGGCUCCGAAAUGGAACUGUGGCCACCGUGUUAGUUUUCAUCACUACAUUCCUCAGUUUGUCCUGGUAUACUGCAUGGCAAAAUGGGAAAGAAAAGCUGAUUGCAUAUCAACGGGAAUUUCAUGCUUUGAAGGAACGUCUUCGUAUAGCUGAGCAUCGCACUCUGCAGCGCUCUUCUGAGCUGAAUGCUAUCUUGGAGCAGUUCAGGCGUGCAGUAGCAGAAACAAAUGGGAGUAAGAAUGCAGUGAAUAAUUUUUCAGAUGAGACACUGAAAUUGUUAAAAGAGCUAACAAGUAGAAAAUCUCUUCAAGUGCCAAAUAUCUAUUACCAUUUGCCUCAUUUGUUGAAAAAUGAAGGAAGCCUUCAGCCUUCUGUGCAGAUUGGCCUUGGAAGGACAGGAGUUUCCAUUGUAAUGGGAAUACCUACAGUGAAACGAAAAGUCAAGUCUUACCUUACAGAAACUCUUCACUCCCUUAUUGAUAAACUGUCCCCUGAAGAAAAACUGGACUGUGUUAUGGUUGUCUUUAUAGGAGAGACUGAUCUUGAUUAUGUUAACAGUGUUGUUGCAAGCCUGGAAAAAGAGUUUUCUACAGAGAUCAGUUCUGGCUUGGUGGAAGUAAUAGCCCCUCCUGCAACUUACUAUCCUGAUUUGACAAACUUGAAAGAGACAUUUGGAGACUCAAAGGAGAGAGUGAGAUGGAGAACAAAACAAAACUUGGAUUAUUGUUUUCUUAUGAUGUAUGCUCAGAAAAAGGGGGUUUAUUACAUUCAGCUUGAAGAUGACAUUGUUGUCAAGCAGAAUUAUUUCAGCACAAUAAAGAAUUUUGCACUUCAGCUCGCUUCAGAAGAUUGGAUGAUUCUAGAAUUUUCUCAGCUGGGUUUCAUUGGUAAAAUGUUCCAGUCUCCAGAUAUCACUCUUAUUGUAGAGUUCAUAUUUAUGUUCUAUAAGGAGAAACCUAUUGACUGGCUUCUGGACCACAUCCUCUGGGUGAAAGUGUGUAACCCUGAGAAAGAUGCCAAACAUUGCGAUCGACAGAAAUCUAACCUACGGAUACGCUUCAGGCCUUCUCUUUUCCAGCAUGUUGGCCUCCACUCCUCUCUAGCAGGGAAGAUCCAGAAACUCACAGAUAAAGACUUCCUGAAACCACUGCUACAUAAAAUCCACGUGAAUCCACCUGCAGAGGUUUCAACAUCUUUAAAAGUCUACCAGGGGCAUACACUAGAAAAGACCUACGUAGGGGAAGAUUUUUUCUGGGCUGUCACACCAGUUGCUGGGGAUUAUAUUCUGUUUAAGUUUGACAAGCCAGUCAAUGUAGAAAGGUACUUGUUUCACAGUGGCAAUCCAGAGCAUCCAGGAGACAUACUCCUAAACACAACCGUGGAAGUUUUGCCUUUUCAGAAUGAAGAACUGGUAUUAAGCAAAGAAACCAAAGACAAACGCUUAGAGGAUGGUUACUUCAGGAUAGGAAAAUUUGAAAAUGGAGUAGCUGAAGGAACAGUCGACCCCAACCUAAACCCUAUCUCAUCAUUCCGGCUUUCAGUGAUACAAAACUCAGCAGUUUGGGCAAUUCUGAAUGAGAUUCAUAUUAAAAAGAUUACAAACUGAUCGUGGGAAUGUGCUUUAUAGGAAAA